AUGACGUCACCGACCAACCCCGACCUCCGCCACCUUCCCGACAAGAUCCUGGCGCAGAUCAUCCACACAAUCCAGACAUAUCCCAACGAGACCGUGGAUUUCAGCCGGCCCGUCCUGCGCCGAACUCUACGGGCAAGCUACCCACUUUUCGUUACCCUCUACUGCCUCCUCGCUCUCGCUGGCGCCGUCGCCAACUCGGCCUUGCUUUCUCGUCUCUGCCUCGCCCGCCCCUUCUACAGCGACCCCACCUGCGUCUACGUCAUGAACUUGGGCGUGUGCAACCUCCUGGCGAGUCUGGUGCUCCUCCCGCUGUCCCUGGUGGUGCUUCUGCUGCACAACUGGGUUCUCGGGGGCGUGCUGUGCUAUCUCUUGCCCAUGUUGCAGGACGUGCCCAUUCAUGCGACGAUGGCCACCUUCGUAGUGAUAUCAGCUGAUCGCCACCGUAAGAUUGCGUCACCGCUCGAGCCACGUGUCUCGGCCUCCACCGCAGUCGCUGGGAUAUGGGUGGCGGCGCUGAGUGUGGUUUUGCCUUACGUGAUGUAUGUGAAUUAUAUCGACCUUCAGGUGGUCCUCGGGAGACAAUUCUCCGGCGUAGGGAUAUGCACACUCAACAUGAAUGACAACAUAGCGCUGUACAUACGUCUGCUGUACGGUCUGCUGUUAGUAUGUCCUGCUUAUGUUGUACUUGGUCUUUGGGAAGUCCGUAAUUCGGGACACUUUGACAUCACUUACAUCACCUUCGUGUGGGUGGCCUUCUUGCCGGCUGUCACCACGCCCAUCGUCUUCGCGGCUUGGAAGUGUGGGAGAUGGGACACGAGGUCGAACCAGCUGUCUCCCCGCACCUUCUCCGGCCAGACUUCGCACGUUAAACAAUUCAACACAAACGUUUAA